AUGCCACCAACGCCAAUCCCAAUCCCCCACUUCGCAGAAACCCAACUUGCCCUCCUCCUCUCCGAACAUGAAGCAGAAGUCUCAACCUCAAAGCUAGCCAGCACAGCCGCCUCCGUCUCUCCCCAAACAAGACGAACCCUCCAAGCAACAGGCUCCGCCCUAACAGGGCUCGUCCUCUCGCAAUGCCGGACCGGUAUGGGCGGCCGCGUUGUUGGCGAGUUCACACCUGACCCGGCAAUUACCUCUGAGGAGUCUCGGUCGUCGGAUGGGACGCCUCGAUUCUCGGCGCAUGGAUUGCGUGUUGGAGAUGUUGUUAGGGUGAAUGAUGUUGCUGCUGGGGGGAAGAAGUGGAAUGGGAAAGAUGGUGGGAAGGAGAAGGAGAAGGAUGGGAAGGGGGAGAAGGGUGGUCCGGAGGGUGUUGUUACUAGGACCAGUGAGCGGGCUGUUUGGAUUGCCUUUGGGCAGCAGGGUGGUGGGGGGAGGUCGAAGGAGGAGGAUGAGGCUGUUGAGGAGCUUUGGGGGAAGAAGUUGUGGGCGAUUAAGCUUGCCAAUGAUGUUACUUAUAGACGGAUGAGGCAGACGAUGGAGAAGAUUGUCAAGAUGACGGAUUCUGAUUACUCGCAUUUCAUGCGUGUUGCUUUUGGACAGACAACCCCGCUACGACCAGACGAAGAAGCAGCUGGUCCUGUUGAAUUCAUUGAUCCGACAUUAAAUGAUUCUCAGAAGGAUGCUAUUCGGUUUGCGUUGGCGUCGCAGGACAUCGCUCUCAUUCAUGGCCCACCCGGCACUGGAAAAACACAUACUUUGAUUGAGCUGAUUAUGCAGAUGGUUCAGCGAAAGAAGCGCAUUCUCGUGUGUGGCCCGUCCAACGUUUCUGUUGAUAAUAUUGUCGAGCGCUUGGCUCCGAAGAAGGUCCCUGUUGUUCGAAUUGGCCAUCCAGCUCGUCUGCUUCCUUCUGUGCUUGAGCACUCGCUCGAGGUCCUCACUCAAACAUCUGAUGCUGGGGGUAUUGUCAAAGAUGUUCGGAAGGAGAUUGAUGAAAAGCAAGCUAGUAUUCGCAAGACUCGCUCUGGUCGCGAGAGACGAGGGAUCUACGAUGAUCUGAAGCAGCUCCGAAAGGAGUUCAGAGAGCGCGAAUCUAAAUGCGUGGACAACCUUGUCCGCGAGAGCAGCGUGGUCCUUGCGACUCUUCAUGGAGCCGGGGGUCACCAGCUCAAGAAUCAAAGGUUCGAUGUUGUAAUCAUCGAUGAAGUGAGUCAAGCAUUGGAAGCCCAGUGUUGGAUCUCGCUUCUAGGUGCAGAGAAGGUGGUUCUUGCAGGUGAUCAUCUGCAAUUACCCCCCACUGUCAAAUCCACGGGUCAGAAGUCCAAGGAAGCACAGUCCAAGGGCAAGACCGAGGAUUCCGACAAGGAAUUGUUGAAAGGCGUCUCCCUUGAACGAACCUUAUUCGACCGUCUUCUAGCGCUACACGGUUCCGGCAUCAAACGAAUGUUGACUACACAAUAUCGAAUGCAUGAGAAGAUCAUGCGCUUCCCGUCCGACGAACUCUACGAGGGCAAGCUGAUCGCCGGAGAAGCGGUCAAAGCCCGACUGUUGGUAGAUCUGCCCUACGAGGUAGAAGGCACAGACGACACACAAGAACCGUUGGUUUUCUGGGACACGCAAGGUGGUGAUUUCCCCGAAAAGGUGGAGGACGAAGAGAUUGGCAAGAAAGGUUUGCUUGGCGACAGCAAGAGCAAUGAGAUGGAAGCGUUGGUUGUGGCACGACAUGUGGAUAAUCUCGUUGAUGCAGGCAUCAGGCCCGAGAGCAUUGCCGUUAUCACCCCUUACAACGGCCAAUUGGCUCUCCUCUCGCGCAUACUACGUGAGAAAUACCCAGGCAUUGAAUUGGGCAGCGUGGAUGGAUUCCAGGGCCGGGAGAAAGAAGCUGUCGUGGUAAGCCUAGUGCGCAGCAAUGAGCAGCACGAAGUGGGCUUCCUCGGCGAGAAGCGACGAUUGAACGUGGCUAUGACACGACCUAAGCGACAUCUGUGUAUCUGCGGAGAUUCAGAGACGAUCAGCCAUGGAAGCAGCUUCCUCAAACACUGGAUGGACUUCCUUGAGGAACACGCCGACCUGCGCUACCCCGACGCCAGCGACAUCCUAGAAUAG